AUGAUUACAUUCAGCCUCACUCAACACCCACUCACCCUACACCCACUCACCCGACACUCAGUUCUAACGGGCAUUGUUGAGAAGGUCGACGGCAACACCACCAUCCGCUGCGCCUCCAACGGAGCGUGUAUUGUGAAUGAGAAAGUGUUGGAUAAACUAUUCAGGGGGGGUGUGCACCUACAAUGUUCGGCAGGCGAGUGUGUGUACAAGCACGAGCCUGUCCCCUCUACCAAACCUCAGCCUAUACCCACCCCAGGACCUGAGGCACGGCGACAGUAUGAG